CGGCAGCGUCAGCACCACCGAAGAAGAGAGGAAUCUAUGGUUGUCAUGUGUCACGCAGUCUGGCUGGUGGUCAGCUGACAGAUCCGGGUCGCCUGUAAUGUUUACUUUCUUUGUUUAGUGCGUUUGCCUGCGUGUUUUAUGUCUUUUUUUUUUGAAUGAAUGCAGCGCUAUGCUUCGCCGAGGAGAACCAUGGUAGUCGUGAACUCGGUGCUCAAGCUGUUACAGAGGCAGACGUACACCUGUCUGUCCCACCGAUAUGGACUCUACCUCUGCUUCGGGGGGCUCGUCCUCAUGAUAGUUUCCGCAUUUCAGUUUGGAGAGGUGGUGGUGGAGUGGAGUCGGGACCAGUAUCAUGUGCUCUUUGACUCCUACAGAGACAAUGUGGGUGGGAAAUCAUUCCAGAGCAGGCUCUGUCUGCCUAUGCCUAUUGAUGUGGUGUACACAUGGGUGAACGGCACAGACGUGGCUCUACUGAAGGAACUGAAGACGGUCAAAGAGCAAAUGGAGGAGGAACAGAGAGCUCUGAGGGAACGCCUGGGGAAAAAUGCAAGUGAGACAACUGAAGUGCCGAAAGACGGUGGAAAGCCGGAAUGCCUGCUGUCCCACUGCAUCAUAGCGCCCAUGCUGGCUCUGGACCCCGCUCUGCCGGCCAACGUUACACUGAAAGACCUGCCGACGCUCUCUCCCUCCUUCUCGGCUGCCAAAGAGCUGCUGCUGCUGAACAAACCCUUCCACCCGUCCACCACCGCCUCUGUGGUCGUCUUCCAUUCGCAGGCUGACGCUGAUAAAGCCUAUACAGAUGUGGCUAAAGAAGACCACAAGUUCUCUGUGUCCAGAUGUUACCUGACGACUGAUAAAGAGGCUCCAGGACUGAUCCGCAUGCAGUCCUUAGCAUAUCUGAGCGGCUUCCCAGCGACCUUUAAGGAAACGGAGCCGCUGAGAGCUAAACUGCCGUCUGUCAUCACCAGCAAGAUCAAACAGUUUGAGUUGUACUCGGAGGCCAGCAUCGCCCUGCUGCACCUGAAUACCCCACAGGAUUUCACUGAUCUGACCCAGCAGGCUAAAAAGAACCUGACCCUGGACGGAAAAGAGUUAACCAUCAGUCCUGGCUACUUAUUCUGGGACCUCACUGCCAUCUCACAGUCCAAGCAGGAUGAAGAUGUGUCAGCCAGCCGAUUCGAGGACAACGAGGAGCUCCGCUAUUCGCUGCGCUCCGUGGAGAGACACGCCCCCUGGGUGCGACACAUCUUCAUCGUCACCAACGGGCAGAUUCCUUCCUGGCUCAACCUGGACAACCCCAGAGUUACAGUUGUCACACAUCAGGAUAUCUUCCAGAACCACAGCCACCUUCCCACUUUCAGCUCUCCUGCCAUUGAGACCCACAUCCACCGCAUCCCAGGCCUCUCCCAAAAGUUCAUUUACCUCAACGAUGACGUCAUGUUUGGAAAAGACGUGUGGCCAGACGACUUCUACAGCCACUCGAAAGGACAGAAGGUAUAUCUCACCUGGCCUGUUCCCAACUGUGCAGAGGGCUGCCCGGGAUCUUGGAUCAAAGAUGGGUACUGCGACAAAGCCUGCAACAACUCAGCCUGUGACUGGGACGGAGGAGACUGCCUCGGUGCAGCGGGGAACAGUCGGUUCGCUGCUGGGGUCGGUGGAGGUGGGCCAGGGGGAGCUGGUGGACAGAUGUGGCAGUUCGCAGGUGGUCUCGGAGGUCUCGGGGGGACGUCCUACUGUAAUCAAGGCUGUGCCAACUCCUGGCUGGCAGACAAGUUCUGUGACCAAGCCUGCAACGUGCUCUCCUGUGGUUAUGAUGUGGGAGACUGUGGCCAAGAGCACUUUGGCGAGCUGUACCAUGUGACCCUGCUGAGGAAUCAGACCCUGUACACCCUCCCAUUAGGUGAAACCAGGCCUUAUUUCAGCUUCAGCAGACUGGCUCGCAGAGUCUCCGAGGCCCACGUCAGCGACAACGCGGCACUUCGCCACACCUCUGUCGCCAACAAGUGGAAGACCAUCCACCUGCUGCUCCAUCCAGGCCACAACGCCACCCAAAUCCAGUACAAUCUGACGUUCCAGAGAGAUGACGACACGGAGUUCACCAUGAGCUUCAGCGUAGCCGUCGACACCCGCGAGGUUCCUCGAGUUAACGUGUCCCAGGCUGAAACAGCAGGGAAAGAGCUUAAGCCGACCCUGACCCCAGAGCCGCCGUUCCCAUUCUCGGAUGUUCCUGAGGACAAACAGGGUCCUAAGAUCCAGAAGAGGCAGCCUGGUGAACCUCAGGAUGUCAUCGAGGUUCCUGCGCUGAACGUGUCGCUUCUACCAGCUGAUUUGCAGAGCGAGCUGCAGAAGCUGGAGGAGAAGCUUCUGAUUGGUGACAUCACAAUCAAGGGUUUUAACUUCACAAAGGCUGAACUUCUGAAAUCUUACAAGACACUGGCUCAAGAGCAGCAUGUCAUGAAUUCAAAUCCAGCUAAUGACGGUGCAGGGAAGGUCCAGGAAAAGCCUCAUGAAGAUUUGGAGGCAGAGCACGUGGACAGAAAACCGGCUGUGGAAGAGAAAGCCAUAACUAUCGUCCAGAAAAAUCAAGACUCAAAAGACGUGGCUGUGCAGCAAAAGCCCAUCACUCCUCUCAUCCCAGUCCACAUUGAUGAUAAGCCUAAGGAAGACUUUGUAACCCCAAAACAUUUUCAUCUGAAUAUUGCCAUCGAGAGGCCUUUGACUUCCAAACUGCUAAGCAGCAUUUCGAAAACCAAGAGCGCUGAGAGUCAGGCAGAACCAGCCGACGCUGCAGGAGGAGCUCCAGUAGGGAGGAGGCUCCAGCACUUCAUCUCCUCAGACAGAGGCUUCCUGCCGUGGGAGAGGAGGAAAUACUUCCAGGAGCUGCUCGAGGAAGGGGAGCGUCUGCUCAGAGCGCUGUCAUAUGAGGCUGACGGCGGCGCCACUGGCCGAAAGCUGCGGGACACGUUUGCCGACUCGCUGCGCUAUGUCAACAAGAUCCUCAACGGUCAGUUUGGAUUCACAUCCCGCAAAGUCCCGGCGCACAUGCCUCAUAUGAUCGACCGUCUCAUCAUGCAGGAGCUGCAGGACACGUUCCCAGAGGAGUUCGACAAGACAUCAGCCCAUCGUGUUCGCCACUCAGAGGACAUGCAGUUUGCCUUUUCGUACUUCUACUUCCUGAUGAGCGCUCAGCAGCAGCUCAACGUGUCUGACGUGUUCGACGAGAUCGACACCGACCACUCAGGUGUCCUCUCCGACCGGGAGAUUCGAACUCUCGCCACAAGGAUCCACGAGCUGCCACUCAGCCUCCAGGACCUGACUGGCCUGGAGCAGAUGUUGAUAAACUGCUCUAAGACUCUGCCAACCAACCUGACCCAGCUGCACCUGGUGAACCCAACCCAGGAGGCCUACUACGACCCCAGCAUGCCUCCCGUCACAAAAGGCCUCAUCCUCCACUGCAAACCCAUCACAGAGCGCAUCCACAAAGCCUUCAGGGACCAGAAUAAAUACAAGUUCGAGAUCAUGGGCGAGGACGAGAUAGCUUUCAAGAUGGUGCGGACAAACGUGUCCCAUGUGGUCGGCCAGUUGGAUGACAUCAGGAAAAAUCCCAGGAAGUUCAUCUGUCUGAAUGAUAACAUCGACCACAGCCAUAAGGACGCUGCCACAGUGAAAGCUGUUCUCAGAGACUUCUAUGAGUCCAUGUUCCCGCUGCCGUCCCAGUUUGAACUGCCCAGAGAGUAUCGCAACAGGUUCCUACACAUGGAGGAGCUCCAGGAAUGGCGGGUGUAUCGGGACAAGCUGAAGUUCUGGACGCACUGCGUCCUCGUGACGCUCGUCAUCUUCACCGUCAUGUCCUUCUUCGCCGAACAGCUGAUUCUGCUGAAGCGAAAGCUUUUCCCCAGGCGCAGAGCGAACCGGGACAGCAACCCUGAGAGAGUGUAACAAAGGGACGACUUCCCCUCUCCUCUCCUCUCUUCACCUCAACAUCCACCCUUUCUCUCCUGCUCUGUCGAGAGAACAGGAGAGGAGUCAGACCAGGAGACUGGGUGGAAACAGGAAGUUCCUCCGGGUGCUCGCGUUGCAUCAGCGCGGACGUACGAGAGAGACUCGUGAGGUGGCGAUGAAACAUUUUUCAGAAGAUGAUGGAUGGGGCUGGCCGGUGAAAGGAAUGGCAGCCAGAAUUAAGAAGCCUGUAAAUCUUCUUUUCCUCCGCUGGGGGCAUCUGAGGCUUCACAAACACACAAAACAAAACACUCCCUCCACGCUGCUCCACCCUCCUCGUGUCCUGCCUUCACCACUCCAUUGAUGGAUGUGCUGUUAACGUGUGAAACAUUUUAUGGCAGCCUCUCAUCGUGUGUGUGCGUGCGUGCAGUAGUCCAGUUUACCACGAAACCAUUAACUUUAGUGUCUAAAGCUCAAACGAUUAGCAGAUUAAUCGAUCUGUCGAUUGACAGAAAACAGUCUGCAGCUGUUUUGAGAAUCGAUUAAUCAUUUGUGCCACCUCUUAAGGAAAAAUGCCAAACAACUGCUCGCACCAACUUCUUAAAUGUGGGUUUUUUCUGCUUUUCUCUCUUUCUUAUUACUGUAUUAUUAUUGAGAUUUGGCUUGUUUGAGGUUGUCACCUUGGGACAUUGUUCAGUUUUAUAGACAAAAAAAUCGGUACGUGCAGCCCUGGUUGUGAUUGGCUUUGACUGCUAUGGCUUCUUCUUUUUUUUUGUUUUUUAAAUGGAGGAAAAAAAACAUUGAAGAUCUUCAGGAUGAAGAACAUUAUUCAUAUGUAAAUGUUGGCUGUCGUCUUUAAAAAUCUGAAAACUUGAAGUGCCUUCGUUGUUCAUUCCUGCCUGUUUUAACAUUUCCGUUGUUUAGUUUCUUCACAUCACACCGUAAUCAAUGAGAAUGAACGGUAUGUAGGAUAAUAUGAUUCUCAUUGUUAUUGUGGUGCAAAUCUGAUUGUUGGAGCUACAUGUCAGUGAUACUACAGCUUUCAUAGCCACCUGUGCGUGUGUCCCUGUGGGACUCAACAGGCUCGCUACUGUCUGAAAUUCAGACCCCCCUCAGCAUGUUGUGUAACUUAUUUUGACUGUGUUAUCGUGACAGUGAGCUCAGUGACUGAUGCAUCCGAUGUGAAUGCUGCAGAAUGUAAACAUAUCCUCUGACAAUGCUUUCCCUAUGAAUGUCAGUUUUACAGAGUUCUCUACUAUAAAGACAAAAAAUGGAAGUGACGACUGGAGGCUGUCAGCGUUUUAGUCAUGUGAUGUACGGGAUGUUUGGUCGAGGGCGAGACGAUGAGUAACGCAUCUGGAAAUGGGUUUUCUCAGAUUGUGUAAAUUCAGUGUCUCUGACUGAAAUAAAUGUGAUCUGUUUCAGUCA